AUGGCGCCAGGGUCGCUGAGCCCUGUGUAUCUCCCGGAUCUGGGCAAAUGUCUGGCUGGCGAACUGCUUCUUCCUUCAUGGGACGAUCUUCUGGACGCACUGCUGUCCCACGAUGAGAAUAGAUCUGGACUUGCUGUUGAGAUACUCUCCGGUGACCGACCGAAGAAAGUCUUGUCGGAACUCUUUCCCACAUUUCCUCCGCCCUCGGCCUUCUCCAAAAGCUCGUUUGAUUCGACCACCUCUACGAUCGCCUCGGCUUCGGAUUCUCUUUACAACAUUGAUGAAAUAAAAGCAGACGCUCUAUGGUUGAGCAAACAAGCAAGCCUGGAUGAGCUGGAGGCUUUGAGGGUAACGGUCCUAGAAUGGCAAUACCGACCAGAGUCAAGGCUAAAGAAGGGCUAUUCUGAGGCCGAACUUGCCAGCCUUAGGGAGGCUCUGGGUUCUGAUUUUGUCGAAAAACAGUUCCAGGCCAAUGUGGGCUCCGCCACCAGGGAUGACGGUAUCUUCGACAAUCAAAGCUGCCGCCGGGCAGGGCUGAUGUGUCGGCAUCUACAACAACAGGCCAUUGUGCUUCGAACGAGGAGAUCUCUCCUAGAUGCCAGUCUGUUGCCCAAGACUAAGGAUAUACCGCUGGGCAAGUUACAAGAACUGGCUGCCGGCCUUGCCCCCAAGCCACAGGUUUCCCUGGCGGAUGACAUUGACGUUGGCGUCAGUGCACUUGAGGAAGAAUUAAAAAGGUUGCAAACCGGCCAGCGAUGGGAUCUCGACGAAUCGGACUUUACACUCCUCAACGACAUGCAUGAUACGACCUGCUUGGAACGAAUCGGUACUGUCUUAGAAAUUAUUUUGCUGAGAGGCAGGAGCUCGAAGACUACUCCAUCUUCUCAUACUCUCUUGCAGUGGUUGCAGUUCAUGGCGUCAGUCGGGUUUUUCUCCUCAUUCAAUUCUGAGAAUGAGAUACAACUGGCGGCAAUUCGGAAGAUACAGUACACGGCGUCCCUUGUCACGGCUGCUCUUUUCGACCUUGCAUCUUCGAUUGCAUCCUUGAACGAGACUGCAUUGUCCAUGCCAUCUGUGCGGCUGAAUCGAGAAGAACAGUACUUUUUUGACGCUGAUGCAGCGCAUGAGAUCCACCAGCUCCUUCUCUCGCAAGCUAAUGCCGGGAAUAUGCAAGCAGGGCCAGCCAUUUUGGCAUGGGCCAUUGUACUUCACCAGAUCCGGCUGCUCGCUUCCGUUGUUAAAGAAGUGCGAGAAAAUCACCAGUCUCAGAAUACCAUUGAUGGCAUUGCAACGUUUGACGCUGCAACAGGCCGCCGAAGCUCGUUCGGUAGCAGCGCUUCGUCCCAAACAAGCAUAUUCGAAGAAUUCUUGGAUAAGGUCACGGCCAGCAACUCGAACGAUGACCCGUCCGAUGUUCUGCUGAACAUGGUCAUUGGCCAAUGUCAAGUUUUUGAGUACAUUGGGGCUGCCACCAACCUUUCUUCUCAUCCAUCCAGCCUUCUCUCGGCCUAUCAGCUGCAGACACUGCAAGAGCUCGUCACGGUAUCUCACUCGUUCUUGGGAUACACUCCAGAGCUUGUUUCCGCUCAACUGUCCUUACUCUCCUCAGGGUCCGACGAAGAGGGCGAACGACAACCAUAUGAUCUUGCGAUUGAGUUUGCCGACGACGAAUUUUUACUUCAAGGAUUCUACGAUGUCUCUGCCGCCCGAUUUCCUUACGAGUGUCUGCCAUUCCUGCGGUUCUCUAGCGCUCUUGCGGAAGCAAACAUUUUCGAUGAUCAAGGCACACACUACGUGGAACAUCGUCUAAGGAAGCUCGCCUCCUUCACCCAAGCAGCCGUCAAAGGUGUCGAAUAUAGGACUAUUCGCGAUGACGAGACUAUCAACCUCGUCGCUCUCAACAAGCCCAUCAACAUGCUUGACUUAACGCAAAGCAGGCUGUUGACUUAUACACAUCAAGAGUCCGAGUCGACAUCUGUCAUCCCCGCCGAUGCGGAAGGCGAACUCAUAUCAGACCCCGACUCGACUCCAAAGGUUAUUCGAUGGCAAUACGAGUAUUCGGGCCUUGCGUAUCUGGGUCAGCUCUUAGAGAUGCGCUACAUGGGUCUAUUGCCAACCGCCCUGUCGCCCUUCGAUGAACCGCAAGCAGCGGUCUCGGAAAUCAUUGGCCUCCUAGCGUCUCUACUGUCUACCAUUCAUCACGGUGCCUUCGACGGACGGAGCAGUGAUGAAGUGCGAGAUCGUUGCAACAGCAUCCUGAAUGAAGCGAGUAGUCAUCUCAAUCCAGAGAUGGAUGUUGUUGGAUACAUCUUUGAGAUCUUCGAACAGGAACUUCAGUCGUUUCGUCGACGGUCAACUUCGAGCUUCGACCUCCGGAUUUUGCUCUCUUGCAUGGAUUUUAUCAUCGUUUUGACCAAAAUCCGGCCCCAGUCAAUCUGGACCAACCUCAACCGGACCAGUCUCCUGGGUCGUCAGUCAUCAGCCACUAUCAUUCCUGGGCUCGUGACAGCUGUGGAGAUGCCUCUGCGGAGCUUUGAUUUUCUAGAACGAUGCGCUCGCCUGUACACAGCUUUGGUGGGGUUGGCCCUCUCCUAUAGCGAUGACGGAUUCUCUCCCACUCCCGUGGUCACAGCACGCAGAAGAUCCAUGUUACCUGCGGGUUGGAAAAUUCAGGGACCGGUAUUGAUGACCAUGACCGAAACAAUGUUCAAUGUGUUUCAAGAGAUAUCGGACUGGGCGUUCGAUUCUCAAACACAGCAACUUCGGAUUAUGAGCCUUAUUACCGAAUCGUUCUGCAACAUCCUUCGCUAUGCUUUUGAUAUCGGCGAAUCCUUGGACUCUUCAUCCAGUGCGACAGCAGUCUUCGUGGAACCGGCCCGAUUUCUUGCAUUGUCUUUUCGCGCCAAAGGGUCAGACAAGGUUGCUGUAGACCCCAUCGUUCGCUCCUUUUUCGAGGCCGGCAAUGUGGCACAGCCCGGUCUGGUCUCUGCGGGUCAUCGCGAACGUCAUAUCAGUCAAUUGUUGGAACUGGCAACCGUGAUAUCCCGGUACGGGGAAGUUCAAGGUCUGCCGCUCUCUUCAGCAGAAGUGCACGUUUUCAAUGCCAUACCCUCGUUAGUUCGAAUUCUUCAAGUAAAGUCGAAGAACCGAAUCCAGGGUUUGAGGUUGAUUAGGUCGGUUAUCUCAUAUGUUGGUCAACAUCGACCAUCAUCUCUCCUAGGACAUCUAGGCUCGGCUUCUUGCACCGACUUUUUGCACUUAUUGAGACACAUUGACCAGGGAUCUCAUUGCGAUGAGGAGCGUGCCGAACUAUGGAAAACAUUGGUGUUGUUGGUCAAGGACUCUCAGCAGUGGCUGGCAAUGGUACUUUUAACUGGCGCUGCUCCCGACAGCUCUAGGAAGGGAAAGAAUGGAGAAGCGCCAACAAAAUGCGUUCGAGGGAAGAACUUCCUGCAGCUCGCGAUUGAUGAACUGAGUCAUAUUGAAUCUCUACCGCAGCCCGUCGCCGUGGCGAUGCUGGAGUUUGUCUUGGAGGCACAGCAAAAUUGGCCGUGGGUCGCCACCAACCUCAACUCCUCGCGAGAGUUGUAUGGAAAGGUCAUUUCCUACGCUACGCGUGGAGAUGGCAGCCGCAACGACGAAGUUCAACUUGCAUAUCAGAAGUUUAUCGCUACUCUUGUCACGGACCUGUCCAACACACAUCUACAUCACGCAAAGGCCACCAGGAAUCUCGGUGCCAUCAAAAUCUUCAUCCCCCUAAUCAAUUGGUUGACGUCAAAUGGUGUUCAAGUUUCGAGCUACAAUGCAUCUCUGCACACCAAUCUGCGGAGGAACUUUGCUGCCAAGUACAAUGGCCUGUCUGUUUCCGAUAUCAAGCGCACCGGUUUGACUGAAACGCACUACGGCACCAAUUUCUUCUACGAUCUUGAUGUUGCCAAUAAGCUGUUCUCUGAGGACGUAUACUGGCAUGGGGGUGGUGGAAGGGCCAGCCACCAAUCCUUCUCUGCAGAGUUCAGAAGAGCAAACGCAAAUUUGUCCCUGGUGGACUCGGAGCUGAAGCUGUUGCUUAGUCUUCAGCGUUUGUGCGUCGACCACUGCAAGUUCUUUGUCCAAGACCGUGAGAUUCAAAAGACAAUGGCUCACAUCGUCCAAUCUUGUCUACGAGCCAACAGUCAGGUCUAUCCUGCAGAAGCCAUAUUCGACUCUCUUUUCCAGACUCGGGCGGAUCUUGCCGUUGCGCUGCUUGGGGAACUCAUUGCUGUUGGUGCGAGAGGCUCGGACUUCGUUGGCAUAUUGGAGCCUGCUUGGGGUGCUGUCCGAUUCCGGAACGGUUCUUACGAAAAAGCUAUCAUGAACGAUGAUCUCAACUACUGGCGUUCGACCCUUUACAUCCUCCUUAUGGCAAUUACCUUUCACGUCAACAAAAAGCGCAGACCAACAACCAUCCCGGGUACCAGCACCUCUGUGAUUACAUUUGACCCCGCGAACACAAUGAUUCUCGAAAUCAUGACACAAAUAGUAGCUGAUGGUUUCAAGUCGGUCGUAAUGGCAGUCCAAGAACAAAAGCAAGCAAAGCAGAACACCGACUCUACCGAGACCUCCAAUUCCGUCGGACUCCGCGACGUGUCCCUCCUUCUCACUCUCAUGCAAGGAAUCUUACGUUUGCCGACGCUUUCGCAAUUUUCUGUGGAACUAUCCGACAGAAUAUCUUCUUCCGGGGCAGCCUCAUCGUGCAUCCUGCUGUACAGCUGGUCUCACUUACUCACAGGUCCCAAUUUCGACCAUGAGCCGCGGUACGCCGUAUCCUCCAUCCAGAUGCUCGCGUCGUUGUCUUCUCUCCCACGCGUUGCAGAAGAGCUCGCAAUCGAAGGGGUGCUGAGUCGCCUACUGACCUCCAAGACAACCGAGUCGUUGCAGCGUGUUCCAGGCGGCGCCUCACAUGUGGACCAGCGGCCCAGCUGUGCUACUCUUUACAAAAUCUGGUCCACAGGUCUGCUACCAUUAUGUCUAAACCUUUUGCACGCAGUUGGUGGCGCAAUGGCUCCAGAGAUCUCAUCUUUCUUGAACCAAUUCCCAAACCAACUUCUUCGUGCAAGCACGAGCUUCAUGCUCAGUCCCCAAUCAAGAGCCGAGGGAACUGAUGUCUUGACCUUGGCACUGGCAAGCGAGGCGGCAACGCUUGCAUUAUUGUCACGAAUGCUUGAGGCAUACCGAGAGGCCGGAGCCUCUGCGGCGAUAGAUCCGUUGACCGUACUGCCAUUGAAAGGGUACGAGGAGCACAGGAAAGCCAUCGCCGAGGAUAUUCGAGACGUGCUGGCAUUGAAAGACGACAAUCGGAGAGCGAUGACUAUUCCUACGGAUGAAAAGGAAUUUGGGUUGCAAACCUCCAAGGAAGGAGACAAGUUGGACUCGAGGAUUGUGAGAGAGUUGAAAAUGGCUGUGGUCGCUUUGGGCGAGGACGACGAGGACGAAAAGUGA